UCUACCCGAGUCGACUUGCAGUUCUAGUGUACUCUGCAAAUCAAACGCGCUCCUUCAAAACAUUCUCAUCGGAUAAGUAACGAAGUAAACGUUUAGUGGAGUAAAACAUCUCAACUUCAAGCUUAGUGAAUAUCGUUUGGCUGUAUAUUUACGCUUCCCAGACUCAUUUAGCUUAGCCUAAGUUUAGCUUAGCUUGCCUGCUAGCCAAGACACGGCGUAUGUGGCGGAUGUGAAGAUAGACGGAGAGACUUGAAGUUCUACCGUAUUCUGAGAGACCCGAAGAGGAGAGCGAGAUGGACUGCUGUAAUUCGACAAGAAAUCUGGGCACCAAACGAUCACCACAGACUAUGUAGUAGUCAUUUUAUAUCUGGUAAGAUGCAUUUAAUAUAUAUUUAGAAGAUUUUGGGCUGACAACCACAAUUAAGAUCAUUGUGUGACAUUGGUGAUUGGGGUCUAUAUAGUUGCCUCUUUUUCUUUGGGGCGGAGUUGUUGUUUUGUUGGUGUUGUUGGCGGUAAGCGGAGUAAAAAGAGGGAGAAAAAUACCACGACUUCUGUGUCUAAUUUUACGCCGCCAAGCAAGCGUUACAAUAUUAAUUAAAAAUGAAUGAAAACUAAAUACUAUUGAAUAUGUCAUCAUUAUCAUUUUAAAAAUUUCAGUGACAGGUAAAAAUGGAUUAUGACCGGAUUUUUAUGACCCUGUCAGUCAAAAUGACAGACAACGAAAAUGUCUAGCGCAACCUCUGCUAGAUACACAGGUUACGAUUCGAUUAAAAAACGAUUCAUUUUUAAAGUGCAUGUGACACAAAAAAGCAUGUUUAUUUCAUAAUACACGCGGUACUUUAUGCUCCUCAAUGAUAUGGACCGCUUGGAUGUGUGUGGAAGCGAUCGCUAUAUUUAUUUAGUUUUUUUAAUGCCGCGCCAUGAAAAUGAGUGACUUCCGGCUUCGGUCUUGCAUUGAGGAGGAGGGCGCUGUGACGUGUACGGUAGAAGGCGUCCUCUUCACUAUACAGCGUACUGUUGUGUAUGAGGACGAAGGAUUCAGCUGAUUUUGCGGAUUAAUACGUUUAUUUUUCGCAUCACGCCAGCCAAACGGCUGCAGAAAAAUCAUUCUGUAUGAGGGAGAGGUGUAUGCACCUUUUUGGAAUUUCAAAAGGUUCCCAUUCACCGCGGAUAUUGGCCAAAACAAGCCCGACUACUGUGGGACCAUUGGACUUACGAGGAAACAUCACAGUGCUAGAGCUUCCCCCAGAGAAGCACAAUACCCCACGUGUUAUACAGAAAGAGGAGUCGGAGAUGUCGUAUAUCAAACAGGAGGCGGCGCCAGAGAUCCCCAGCAUUAAAGAAGAAGAACUGGAAAAUGAAAUCACCACGUUUCCAGUAACUGUCGGUGUGAAGAGUGAAGAAGAUGACGGUCCAAGCGAAGAGAGCGGAGCAGAAAAACCUGCGAGUGACAGCUCAUUUCAACACCUGACAACAAAAGUUGCGGGACGAUCACAACCGGACGGCCUAUUAGCGCCGCUCUCGGACAUAACGUCAAACUCUUCUGACUUAAACACUGAUGAGGAGGAUGUCGACUAUGACCAAAAGUGUUCAAAGUCUUUAAACUUAAACACUGAUGAGGAGGAUGUCGACUAUGACCAAAAGUGUUCAAAGUCUUUAAAAGAGACAUCAUUGAAAAGAGAAACAAAAGAAUGCGCUGGUGAGAAACCUUUCGCCUGCUCAUACUGCGAUAAAAGAUUUUCAAAAAAGAGACAGUUGUCAAGACACACAAGAAGACAUAGGGGAGAAAAGCCCUUUGUCUGCACAUUGUGUGAUAAAAGAUUCAUUUUCAAGCCUGAUUUAAGGAGGCACGCAAGAACACACACUGGAGAGAAACCUUUUGCCUGCGCACAUUGCGAAAAAAGAUUUUCCCAGAAGAUUCAUUUAAUCAGACAUAAAUGUACACGCACUGGAGAAAAGUCCUUAGCCUGCUCACAUUGCGAUAAAAUCUUUACUAAGAAGAAACUGUUAACAAAACAUACAAGAAUACACAACAAGCCUUUUCUCUGCACAUUUUGUGGUAAAAGAUUCACUUUUGAGAUUUAUUUAACGAUGCACACAAGAACACACAGUGGAGAGAAACCUUUUGCCUGCGCACAUUGCGAUAAAUCAUUUGCACAGAAGAUUCAUUUAAAUAGACACGAACGUACACACACUGGAGAAAAGCCAUUUCCCUGCACUCUUUGCGAAAAAAGAUUUUCUUGCAAGCAUCACUUAAUAAGACACUCAGUUACACACACUGGAGAGAAACCUUUUGCCUGCGCUCAUUGCAACAAAAGAUUCACCCAGAAGGGAGUGUUAAACGAUCACAUAAAAACACAUACUGGAGACGAGCCUUUUUUCUGCUCAGUUUGUGGUAAAAGGUUCCCUCACAAGAAAGAUUUAGAAUUGCACACAAGGAGCCACACUGGGGAGAAACCGUUUUCCUGCGCGUUGUGUGGUAAAACCUUCUCCUUAAAGGGAAACCUAACAAAACACACACAAAAACAACAUUGCUAAGAGACUUUGUGUCUGCACAUUUUGUGGGAAAAUAUUCGCUCGGAAAGAAAAUGUAGUAUUUCACACAAUAAGCCACACUUGUGAAAACCCUUUCAUUUGCAGUGUGACAAUAUGUUUUGAAUUCAGCCAUGCAUUUACUGUAGAGGAGUUCAAAAAAAUUUAUUAUUACAUGCAUCGCGAUUCGACACGUGACAAUUCGAUUAUGAUUCAUAAAGGUUCAAAAACGAUGAUUUUUCCCUCAUAACUUUAUGACAGCCGCUUGUAGCGGAACAAAAUUCAAGACACUUCUGCCACCCGGACACCGUUAACGGACGCACGCACAUUGUGAUGGAUGCUCCCAUUUACUGGGAGAGAGAUUUACUCCUUUUUAAAAGACUGGAAAAUAAAUUUGUGUAUGAGACAGGCAGGCACGCGGCGAUCGCGCUUUUGUACGCAAGUUAUUUUUUAAGAGCGAGAAGAGAAGAUAGUUCGUCGCUCCUAGUCUUUCAGAUGUCCAGCAGUAGUUAUAAGGCAUUUCAAUGGCGUACCGCACGCAUGCUAUUUUUAGACCGUGACGUCGCAUCGUAAAGCGGAAGUAGAGUAGAAGUGGGACAUUUUAGACCCGCUCUUGCAAAGAAGCAAUGGAAAAUCUGCUACUUUUCUCCGGUAAUCUUUCAAAAACGAGCAUGCUGAUCACACAUUGCUUUUUUGGAACUUGUAGAAACGACUCUAGACAUGACGACAUAUGAAGGAUGUUUUCUUCAUACGGUUCCCGAAACUAAAAACUCGGAGGAGAAAAUGUGAAAACAAUCAACUUGCGCGGACUUUUAACGCCAGCUCGGCAGUAAACAUUUCGUUGGGUUGGCAUUGUCUUUCAGAGGACAAAGAGGUAAGCCAUUUUGAUAUUUUUUACAUUUUUUGGCGUGACGUGCCGGGUGCUGCUUCUGUCUGACAUCUGACAAUGAAUGACCUAAGAAGAAGUAAAAUGGUAUCUCACUGCCACUGUUACAUUUUCUGUUGUAAAAAAAAAACAACUUUAGUAAGGGGGAAGUGUAAAUAAGUUCUAGAAUUAAGAUUUGUUAACAAUGGAAAAAAUUACAAGUGUUAGUUGGCUGUCACCGAGUAGCAUUUGCGAUCGCUACACAAAGCUAACUAAAUUACCCCCAAGAACGGUAAGAGACGUAGGACAACCAGAGGAUAUAUAAGAGAGAAAGGGCUGAUGGUAAAGGAUAGCUUGUUGAAACAGGAAAAUGUCAUUGUCAGUCGCGUCGAUAAAAAAGCGAAGACUAUGCUUGGGUCGGCUCGUUCUUUUCGUCUUUUUCAGCCUUCGACACUCAAGCCGUCUCUUUAACUGAACAUUUUUAUGUUCUUCCCCAUCUUUGCCAGUGAAUUUGGCACUAGGCACGUCAUUUUCGGAGAGAAUUGGUAGGUUGUGCUCUUUAAACAUCUCCUUCGUACACGAUUUCCAUUCAUUUCCUAUUAGGGACAACCGGUGGCUUGUCCCUACUUAGCAACAGUAGAUAAUGUCAUGAAUAUUAAUGAACGGAAGUGACGUGUUGCUUGCGGUAUGCCAUUGAAAAAUGUCCUGAGUGUGUUGCUAAGACCCGUGUGCCUCUAUAAGAGGUGAGUACACAAACCUUCUUGUACUGCUUAGCAUUUAUUGUUGUUUUUGAGAUGUUAAUAGUUAGCACUGAGCGCUAAGCUAAUUCGCUAACAUGUAUUUCAUAUGCAGAAUGUGUAAAAUCAUGAUUAACUACAGCAGUAACACUACAAACGUGUAAUAGUACAGAAUUCUGUGAAAAUAAAGUAUAUUGGUAAAAAGAAGUCUUAUUUCUAAAGACACUUUGUUUCCGGAAAGUGUAGAAUUCAUUCCACCAGUGUAAAUUUUAUUGUAUUGUUGAGAGAAUUAAGUACUCCCUUUAAAAUGGUUAAUGUUUUUGCACUUUCUUGUAAAAAA